CCGGUUUAUUUUAAAUCUCCGAACUUGGUCUGGCAUGGCCAGGGAGGAGGGCAUUGGAGGAGGGGGAGGGAGAAGGGCGGGGAGCAGAUCCGAGGAACCGCGGCCGCUUUCGAUUUCUUGUUCCUGGAAACGGCUUCAUUUCUCGCUACUGGGCCGCCUGGAGCGGUUCGCUUCCUGAGCUUCCCAGAGACUGGCCGCGGCCCGCCCCUUCCUCUACUCCUGAGCCCUGUCCUGGAGCAUCUCAGAAGUCUGCUCCGAACACAGAAACCAGCAUCGCCCGGACCUAGACCACUGGCCAAAGAGUGGAAAUCAUCAGAGGAAGCUGGCUCAGGACCCCGGACAGCGAUCCGCACAUGGCUGGCUUGGGGUCUCCCGGGUUAUUCCAAUACCCCUUGUUGCAGGCACUGCUGCUGCUGCUGCUCAUGGACUGGGCACUUCACCUCAUGCUGCCUCAGAUUCUGCUUAUGCUCUUGCCCACUGGGCCGUCCUUGCUCCGGGUCUGGGGGGCCGGUCUGGGUCGCUGGGGGUUGUUAUGGUUGGGGUUGCGUUGGACCACCAGCUGGGAAGGGGCCAACUCUAACCGCUGGAGGUCUGAGCUGGGGCUCCUAGCAGCGGCUCUGGGGCUGGCGCUGCCUGGGCUCGCCUCGUUCAAGGCUUUAGGAGGAAGGGAGGUUCCCAAGGGUGGAGGCGAGACCCGGCUGCUGCACUGGGGGAGCCGGCUAGAUGCUUUCACUCUCAGUUACGCAGCAGCGCUGCCGGCAGUGAUCCUAUGGCACAAAUUUGGAAACCUUUGGGUGCCAGGGAGUCCGCUGGGCUCGGGGUCCAUCACGCACCGGCUGCUGGGCUUCCUGGGUCCAGAACUGCGGCGCUUCCCAGUAGUGAUGUUUUUCCUCCUGUUGUCUUGCCUAGGAGAGAUGGCUAUCCCAUUCUUCACUGGUCACCUCACAGACUGGAUCCUGCAGGAUGAAGCAGUUGCUACCUUCACAAGCAACAUUGCCUUCAUGUCGAUAUUCACCAUAGCCAGUGCUUUGUUAGAGUUCUUGGGUGAUGGGAUUUAUAAUCACACAAUGGGCCAAGCACACAGCAACCUGCAGGGACAAGUGUUCCGGGCUGUCCUGAGACAAGAGACAGACUUUUUUCAACAGAAUCAAACAGGUGCUAUCACCUCUCGGGUGACAGAGGAUACAGCCAUGUUGAGUGAGUCCCUGAGAGAUAGGCUAAGCUUGCUGCUGUGGUACUUUUUUCGAGGACUAUGUCUGCUGGGAUUUAUGCUCUGGGGGUCCUUGACCCUCACUCUGGUCACAUUGAUUGCUCUGCCAGUGCUCUUCUUCCUGCCCAAGAAGCUGGGAAAGUGGCAACAGGCCCUGGCAGAACAAGUACAAUCAUCCCUGGCAGAGUCAAGUCAGGUGGCCGUGGAGGUACUCUCUGCUAUGCCCACAGUGAGAAGCUUUGCCAAUGAAGAAGGAGAGGAACGGAGAUUUUCCCAUCAGCUCCAGAAGACCCAGAAACUUAACCAGAAGGAGGCACUGGCCUAUACUUUUAAUAUGUGGGCCACUAAUCUUUUAGGACUGCUGCUGAAGGUGGGAAUUCUCUACAUGGGGGGAAAGAUGGUAACCCAUGGAAAUGUGAGCAGAGGGGACCUUGUCACCUUUGUCCUCUAUCAGAUCCAGUUUACCACUGCUGUUGAGGUAUUGCUCUCCACAAUUCCCAAUGUACAGAAGGCUGUGGGAUCCUCAGAGAAGAUCUUUGAGUACUUAGACCGGAUACCCCAAUGCCCUUCCAGUGGUCCCCUGGCACCCUCUACCCUGAAUGGCUGUGUAGAGUUCCAAGAUGUUUUCUUUGCUUAUCCCAGCCGACCAGAUGUCUUGGUCCUACAGGGAAUCACAUUCACUUUGCAUCCUGGGCAAGUGCUAGCCCUAGUAGGGCCCAAUGGAGCUGGAAAGAGCUCAGUGGCUGCUUUGCUGCAGAAUCUGUAUCAGCCUACAAGGGGUCAGCUGCUGCUGGAUGGGGAGCCACUGACCCAGUAUCAACACAGAUACCUGCACUCACAGGUAGUUGCAGUGUCACAAGAACCUCAGCUGUUUGGAAGGAGUAUAUGUGAAAACAUAGCGUAUGGAUUGGACCAGAAGCCAGAGCUGAUGGAAAUCAUGGAGGCUGCCCAGAAGGCUGGAGCUCACAGUUUCAUUUCUCAGUUGCCCCAGGGUUACUACACAGAUAUAGGAGAAUCUGGGAGCCAGCUGUCAGGUGGUCAGAGGCAGGCAGUGGCCCUGGCUCGGGCUCUCAUUCGGAACCCCCGGGUCCUCAUCUUAGAUGAUGCCACUAGUGCCCUGGAUACAGACAACCAGUUAUGGGUGGAGCAGCUCCUAUAUGAAGACCCCAGGAGGAACUCUCAGGCAGUGCUCCUUAUCACCCAGCGUCUCAGCUCUGUAGAAAAGGCUGAUCACAUACUCUUCCUGGAGGAGGGGGUCAUUCAGGAGAGUGGGACCCAUAGGCAUCUCAUGGAGAAGAGGGGCCGAUAUUGGACCAUGGUGGAGACCACAGGUGGAAAUUCAGCUCCUCAAGAAUAAGAGACAUAAUCCAAUCCCCAUUGAGGGGGAAGCCACCAAUAUCUCAUUUCCUGAAAAUGGAGGAACAGAGGAAGAACUUCAGUCUUCUUUUUGCCAUAUUAUGUAAUUUAUUAGUUCCAAUAGUUUCCCAAAACAAAAUUACAUUUUUACUAAUUAUAUUAUCUGUUAUCAACAUUAAUUCCUUUGGGUUAAGGUUUUUUUCCUCUGAUUCCUCUUUUAAAUUGCAAAAACUAGUGGAAGGGAAGUCAAAGAAGCCUUUAAUAAGAACAACUUAGUGGGAGUUUAUUCAUCCUUUCAACAAGCAUUUAUUAAGCACCUAUUAUGUACCAUCUUCUUUCUAGGCACUAGAGAUAUGAAGAUGAAGCUAAAUAGUCCUUAUCUCCAAGGAGAUUAUAUUUUAUCAUCAGCUAGUUCUAGAGUUUGUAAAGGAUAGAUAAUAUUAUAUGUAACUCACAUUUUAUACAGCCAACUCUGAAUUGAAGAGGCACUGAAAGUGAGAGAAAAAUGUACCAAAGAGGUUGCUUGAGUGUUUCAUAUACAGUUGCGCUACAGACAUUGGGGGAUCAAGUCUCUCUUUAGCUAGUGCAAAAGUAUUCUAGAAAUGUUUGGUGUUAUAAUAAAUUGGGCAUUUUUUAAAAAAA